UUACAAUGGAAGGCAAAAAGAGGAAUACAAAUUUCACUCCCGAUGAAAAGAGAAUACUGUCGGAAUUGGUUUUAAAAUACAAAGAUAGCGUCGAAAAUAAGAAGACCGACGCGGCUACAAAUACGCAAAAAAAUAAUGCAUGGAUUCGUUUGGCAACUGAAUUUAACAGCGUUAGUACAUUUUGCCACAGAACGCAUCUAAGCCUUAGAACAUGCUGGGAUAAUAUAAAGCGGCAGAGUAAAAAAGAAAAAGCCAAUAUUAAGAAAGAGGCCUUCAAAACAGGUGGUGGGCUGCCUCCACAAAUGGCUCAGGACACUCAAAUAGAUGGUAUAGUAGAAGCCGUGUUAGGUCCCGCGGUUGAAGGCAUCCCUAAUUGUUAUGAUAGUGAUAGAACAACCAAUACUAUAAUAGAAUUUGAAGUGGACGAGCCAAACACCUUGGAUUUAUCAAUUUUAACCGAUGAAUAUAAUAGUCAGGAGGAGCGACCAACUACUCCAUAUGUAGCAGGAGUAAUUAUUUCUAAUGAAGUUACAAAAGAAAAUGUAAGUGUUAAACUAAAACAUUCAGGGGACCCUGAGAUCAAUACACCGACAACAUCAGGAUAUAUUGAUUAUAGUAAACAUCCACCAAGUACAUCAAAUGAUGUUGGAUCUUGGACUGACUGGACUCCAAAAACGCUGAAACGUCCUCUUUCUGACUGCCUCAGGAGUAAUAUUAGAAAAGAGGACAAACAUAUGAAGCGGAGGAGACCAGUAAAUGAAAAUUUGCAAGAUCAAAUAUUACAAGAAAAACUUGAUUUGGUGAAAUUAUUAAAACAAAAAGCAGAAGAGGAAGCUAAUAUUAGGAUUGCUAUUUUAAAAGAGCAGUUGAAACAGGAGCAAAUAAAGACGGAAAAACUAACAAAAUAGGAAAUAAAUAAAAUAUUUGAUACUACUGUUGAUAUUUUAUUUUAAUGUAUAACCACUUAUCACAAUAUACGUUAUGCCUACAGACUCUUAAAAUAAUUAUUUAUUAAACUCCUUCUUUCUGGAUUUAUGUCUCGCCU